AUGAUAUUACCAGCUGCAGCCCAAUCACGUUCUGUGGAAACUUCUUCUAUUGUCUGCACAUGCCGUUGUUGUUAUCAAGGUGGUUGUAGUGCGAUGCCAAACAUUACGUGGGUGGUGAGUUCCUGUGAUCAGUGCAGUACAGCUGUCUGUAAUGAUUACAUCCGCAGUAAAGAAGUUCGUAUGGAAACAGCUCGACUAUUUGAAGGCAUUGAAAGUGAUGAACCCCUCCCAGGUAGUGUGGAGGCUUUACAUGAGUGUAAAGUUAUUUCUGUUCUUGAGGCGGCUACUUGUGUGAGUAGAAAUUGCAAACGUACUACCACUAUUAAGGCGGAGUGCUUUAAUAGAGAUGCACCUCUUAUUAAAUACUCUAUUAUCACUUUUGUGGGAACUGCAGUGGUAGCAGUUGUAUUUGGACUUAUUAAAAAUCAUAUUCCCGCAUUUCAGGGAUUUAAUGAAAAGUAUUUUAAUUAUUAA